GUGAACCUGUGCCUCCCCCGUUAGGGCAGACUUUAUACUUUUCUCUGUCAUAAUGAAUAACAUUUAAAGUGGUACAGUUACUUGUGAAUUCUUACUCCAUUUACUUCCACUUUUGUCGAUAUUGUGUCAUCUCACUCUCACACUCCAGCCAACAACUUGAUGCUCCCCCCUAGUCCCUUUGUACCGUCAAUUUUACCUUGCCCGAAUUCUGCCAAAUUGCUCCAGAACUUUAGUUUCAUCCACAUCGAAUCAGCCUUUUAUUCUGCUAACGUUCCUAAGCGACUGGCGAAAUUCCACAAACUUGUGGAGGUUCUCUCCGCUAGUGUUAUCCCCCAAGUCCAGUCCAUGCCAUCUAAUCCCCCCUGCACAUGUUCCCUAUUCGACGCUAAAAGCAGAAAUCCCCCGACUUUAUGCUGUGUCUGGCCAACAGCGGUAUCACCAGUUGGUUAAGGAGGAAUCACUGGGUUACAUGAGGUCCUCAGAACCUCCACGUCAAAUGCGUUCUCCCCUUGGAUACAUAGAAAUUAACAAGAAACUCGUCAAGGCGAUGUUUUUAGAGAGCCUGCCUGCAGGUGUUCAAGCGAUUUUGACGUCCGGUUCCCAAGAUCUCCCGGUUUCACAACCGGCUAAAAUAGCAGCUCGAAUGAUAGGGGUCCAGAGGUCCCGGCUCCCCUUCGUUGCCCAGAUCUCCGCAUCCUCGUCGACAGUGAAUGAACGGUUAGUGGAGCAGAUGUCGACCAUGGCGAAUGAGAUGGUCCCCUGAAAUACAGUUCGAACACCCUACUUCUAGUCCCUCACCCAGCCGUCGUCGUCGUUCACGCUCACAACCUCGGACUGCCGAUAUCUGUUGUUAUUGUAGCGGGCAGACAUCAUGACGGGUCUGGCGUCAUUGUUCAAGACCUCGCUGCCUCAAGGUCAUACACCCCUUUGCAGUGCGCCGUCCCAGACGUGCUGACAGGAAGUCACCCGACCGACAUCAAUUGGGGCAUACCUGCGUCCGCACAGCCGCAGCUGCCCAUAAGGCCACUUGAACGUACCUCCCCCUGCAACCAGCAAAACAAGCCACCCCUCGGCAAAUGCAACACACACUGACUGGACACCACUUGAGCUUGACCCACAACCCUAUAAAUGUGGCUGCCAUCUCUAUCCCACGGACUCCAGGCGUGACUAGACGCAGUCAACACCAGCCCUGGCUUUGCCAGUGGCCACUGCCGCCCGAGAGAACAACUGGUGGUUCUGUCUACAUUAAACCUGUCAUUCUGGUGCCUUCUGUCUUCUCCUUCCAACAUGCGAUUUGACUAGAUGAUUGCAGCGCACACAGUUCACGCUCUCGCUGUUGUGUAGAUACGGUAUCAUACCAGUUUCGGUGCAAAGGCCCGUCGCUGUUCCUCACCCUGCUCUUUUAAGUCGAAACAGGAAAACCAGUUAGCCGGAGAAUAGACGCGACCGUUUUCUCUGGCUUUCCCGGCUCUGGUCGCACCUUCUAUGUUUGAGACACUGCGAAUCGCAGACGUUUCCUGGUGGACACUGGAACCCAAAUCAGCAUUGUUCCCCCAACUGCAGAUGAUCGUCGUUUCCCUAACCCUGGUCUUCACCUCCAAGCUGCCAACUCUUCCCCCAUUCCCACUUUUGGCAGUCUGUCCCUCACCCUGAAAAUUGGCCUUCAUUGGUAUUUCUCCUGGGUUUUUGUGAUUGCCGAUGUUCUUCAUGCACUACUUAGCUCGAACUUUCCAGCCGAGUUCGAUCUCCUUGUUGAUCGCCGACGAUCCCGACUCCUCUACUGUACAUCUGGUCUCUCUGUGCAUGGGUUAACUCCCUUCACUACCUCCUGCAGUUUGUCUAUCCUGAAUACAGCUAUUGGUGGCCCCUUUCGGCAACUGAUUCUUAGACACCCCAACAUAAUUAACCCCCAGUUUCGCAGUGGUGAGGUCCAACAUGAUGUUGUGCACCAUAUCCACACCUCAGGUCCUCCCGUGUUUGCUCGGCCGAGACGACUAGCACCGGGGCGUUUCCAGGCCACCAAGGCGGAGAUCGAACACAUGCUGCAAGUGGGAAUCAUUCGACCGUCCGAGAGACCCUGGACGUCCCUCCUGCACAUGGUGGUCAAAGAGACAACAGGCGACUGGAUACUCUGGCGAAUACCGUGUCCUUAA